AUGAAAUUAACAAAAGCAUUAUAUUUUAUUGCCUUUUUAUUGUCUGUAAAUUUGUUAGCACCAGGAUCUAAUAAUUAUGUUGAAGCUAAUCCCACAAAUGCCGAUGAAAUUCCUCUUCCUAAAAAAAUUAAAAAUAAUAAAGUUGCAAUUAUAUCUACAAUACUUGCAACAGUAGCAUUAGCAGUAGCUGGUACCACUUUUGGUGUAAUGCAUCUUAAAAAUAAAGGAGACUCUAAAAAGAAGCCAAUAUUAUCAGAUAUGAAAAGAGCACCCUUAUUUAUUCCAGAAAAAAAAACAGUUCCAGCACCAGAUAAUAAAGCUACAGCAUCAAAUUUUGUACCUCAUAUAAUACCACCACCAGUUAAAUAUGAUCCAAGCAUCUAUGAUAUCGUGAACCAUUGUAGUUACUGA